AUGGGUCUAUUUGGAAAAUCUCCUGACCGCAAUCCCAAAGAAAUGGUAAAUGAAUGGUCUCAUAAACUACGAAAAGAAGGAUACAACUUAGACAGACAAAUCAGAGCAAUUCAAAGAGAAGAAGAGAAAAUAAAACGAUCAUUAAAAGAAGCAGCUGCAAAAAAUGACAAGCAAGUUUGUACAAUAUUAGCUAAAGAAGUUAUAAGAUCACGUAAAGCAAUUAGUAAAAUUUAUACAAGCAAGGCACAUCUAAAUUCAGUACAAAUGCAAAUGAAAAAUCAAUUAGCAACAUUAAGGGUAGCAGGUUCACUGGCAAAAUCAACAGAGGUAAUGCAAGCAAUGCAGGCUUUACUCCGUCUUCCUGAGAUAGCCCAAACUAUGCAGGAACUCAGCAAGGAAAUGAUGAAGGCUGGUAUUAUUGAAGAGAUGCUGGAUGAGACCAUGUCUGGGAUGGAGGAUGAGGAGGAAAUGGAAGAAGCGGCGCAAAGUGAAGUCGAUAAGGUCCUUUGGGAACUUACACAAGGCAAGCUCGGGGAAGCACCGGCACCACCCACAGCAGUGGGAGCUCCAUCCACCAGCAAGGAACCGGAGAAGGAAGAAGUAGACGAGAGUGAGCUGGAUGAAAUGCAAUCACGACUUGAAGCUUUACGUUCU